AUUCACUCAACUCACAAGCAUACAGCCCCCUCACUCUCAGCUCGGCCUUCAAGGCCUCAUCGAGCCUCCUAUAUUAUUCGAACGCCCAGCAUCCCGACUCCUUCAUUUCAGACAACAUCUUCCAUCGCCAAGGCGUUAGUUUUCCCGUUGUCGCCCUCGCCGACUAUUAGCCAUCCCCGGGAAUAGAUGGCUGCCAACAUGAGCCACGUGUUCCUUCUGGCGGUGUUUGUCUUGCUUGCGGGAGUUGCGGCAGCAGUCCCGGCACAACAAUCCAGCCGUCUGCGAGGCCGGUCGUUGGCUGCUUUCAACGCUUUGGAGAAGAACCUGACACGGCCGGUCAACCACCCCCGUGACGAUCAGAACAACAACGGCGACGGGUCAGGAUCAGACACCAGCAGCAGCGGCAGCCGCGACGACGGUUCAACCUCCACCACCGACCAGGAAGCCGCAGACGAGACCGACGCGGCGACAAGCACCGACAGCAGCGAAAACGGCUUCGAUCACUCGCAGCGCGGCGGGAAUUCCGUUGGCCAAUCGCAGUCCGACCACUCCGGCACGAGGGCGGAUCCCAGUCAGCCGUCCCCUCCGCCGUCCGAGGGGUGCCCGCCGUCCCCGUCCAUGUGCAGCUUCGUGUUCCAGGGCUACGAAGACUCGAUCCCCGUAUUCGAACUUCCCAAGGGCGCCGACGUGCCGAUCGGCCCGCCCGUGGAAGGCGGCGUGAAGGGGAGCUCGAUCGUGGUGCGCACGCUCAACUCGAAGCAAGUGGAGUUCCUGUGCACGAAGAAGACGGGCAUGGAGAAGCUUAAGGACCAGUUCUACGCCGUCAACGAUGUGAUCCAAAUGCGCACCAUUCAGAAGGGCGAUGAGGAGAAGCUGCGCGGCGAGAUCGUCAAGGUGGAUAUUAGCGGCGCGGCGCUGGACGUGUACAACCAGCUGUUCAACCUCAACCCUGGCGAUGGCUCAUCGUCCUUCCCCGAGGAGAAGCGCUGCGUCGUGUUCCAAAUCGCCGCCUGAGGCGCACGCACCGCACCCACUGCACGCACAAUGAUAAUAGCGUGAUAAUAAUACCAUGAAAAAAAACAGUGGGCUGCCUGGCUGAGCACCGGCAGGACCCCUAGUCUGGAGAAGAUAGGGGGAGGGGAGGGGGGUAGGAGGGAGUUAGUCAGCUAAGGAUCCUACUCUUAAUUCGUACUCUGAUAGCCCCCCAAUGGUGUGUUACACACGUACUAGGGAAAGCAGGCUAGAUUUAGAGUCGGGAGGAUUAUACUUGGUAUUUGUAGCUCUCACUCGUUCGUCCGUUCCAUUCAUAUGCAAUAAGAAAUAUUGUUGGUAUAUGAAGAAUCAAAAGCGUUCAUACAGAAGCAUUGUAUC